CACUUGCCAGGCUGUUUCGGAACGAACCCCCGUGCUGAUGCGUGCUGAUGCAAGCAGCAAUGGCUGCCACAGCUGGGGGGAAUGCUUGCAGCACGGCCCGACUCUGCCAAUGCCAUUUCAAUUUGUGGUGCUACUCCUCACUUUCGUCGUCGAGCUGUUAGAUUUUCUGGUCGCGGCGGCGGCCGUCUUUAUAGGAGCUUGAUCUGCAUUACCUACAUGAGCUUGAUGUUCUUGUAGUAUGGUGCAUCCUGGUAACUUCAGCAGGCGCCCGCAAUUGCAGCAGCUGGGCUUUGCAGCUAGAAUGAGAUCAGUGCCUCUCGGAAAUGGGGCUCCCAGAAUUCAGAUUGAGCCAGCCCUGUAAUGCAGAAAGGGCUAGCUCAAUUUCGAUGGGCCGCGCGCUUGGCUUUUUCAACUUAUGCUCCAGUAUUUGUCGGUGGUGUCAUCACUUUCUCUAGUCCAGAUUCUGCGUGGGAAGUAUGCCUGUCAAGAGAUCAGGCUCUGGAAUAGUGGUCUCCUUUGUGCAACUGUAGGGCCUUCUCGUGAUAGGACCGUGUCUCGGGAAGCGCAACAGGCUCAUCAGUCACGGUCACCAAGAUAAAGCAGAGCUCACAUGAAGGUCGGCGAAGGGUACAUGUCUAGCUGACCGAGCUUAAACGUUUACGCCCUGAAGUACGGCGUUGUCAUAAUUGUAAAUAGGAACCCGUGGCGCAGCCGUUCGUUUGUGGGCCUAGCAGGAGUGCAGGUCUUUGCAAUAACAGCGGCCCUAACUCAUCAAUUCCACUGGUUUCAGCUGUAGAGCUCUGUGGACUCAGUUCCAGGGUUUAGGAGCGGGGUUUUGGACCUCAGUUUGUAGAAACAGGGUGUGCCGUUAUAGGAACAGAGUUAGGCUCUUGGGUUUAAAAGGGAGCCUGCGCAUCGUGCCCAAAUGGCACCCAACCUGGCCGGAAUCCUGGGAGGUCUCUUCACCAAGGCCGGUGCAUUGGCCCAGAGCUUUGCGCACUACCAGAAGAAGAUGUGCGACGCCGCGCUGGCCGAGGAGCGUUUCGCCCUGCUCGAGGUUCGGUCGACCAUGAUCUCCUGCGAGAAAGCAAACGGGGGGAUCCACUCCCAACCCUACCAGUGGCUGCACGAGAUCCUCCUCCCCCCCACGGACGCCGUCAUGCACGACUAUCUGCAUUCGCCAGGACGGGGGGAGAUCACAGAGGAAGCAAGGGCUCCCGAACCCCCAGGAAUGUUCGAUGACGACCCUGAAGUCGAGGGGCUCUUCUCUGAGAUUGUGGAAGCGGAGCCGGGGUUUGAGAGCUCCAUGCGGGAGCUCGACGCUGACAUAAGGGCAGAGUAUGAUUGGCCUUUCAGCUUCCAAGAUGCAGUUGUGAGGCUGGGCCAGAUUGUGCUGCCGCUGUUGGAGGUGGGGAACCCGGGGAGCGGGACAGCAGGGGUGGAUGCGGUUAUCGGCGCAGACGUGAUGCAGGAGAGGCGGAGCGGGCCUGGGGGCGCGCUCACGCCUGCGGAAUCAAGUGUUAGGGUGGUACAAGAUAGGAUGCCUUGACACUGAAAUGCGCAAUCUGGCUCCAAGCAAGGCACCCCUUUCAUUAUCUCGAAACCAUUACUGUAGAAAGUUGACCAUUUCAGCAGCGCUAGCUGCAUGAGUUGAUCCUGUUUUUGUGGGUCCUUUGGCUGUAAAUAGAGACGUGAAUAUACAGGCUAAGUCUUAAUAAGCCUAUACAAGCGCUGGCCUGGCAUGAUAAGUAAGCAAGCAAACGAGGUCACAAGCUUUUCAGCUGUUGUAAAGUUGGCAGCCCCUGUUAGUCCGCCUUUAGGUGUAGCUUCGAGCACAAGAAUCUUGCGACUGAUAUAGGACAUACAGUCUGGUUGAGUUCAGCCGUUUAUCAGUGCUGAGCGUUGACUCACUACAGGACUCUUAACGGCAAGACCAUAUUUGCCGGCACUGCGGAACUUUUGCAAGGCGAUCACAGAGCAGGCUUGCUUGGGCUGUCUAUCAGGCUAGGCUGAAGCGUUUUCUUUGUGCAUCUGCGUAAGCCAAGAAUUGAUUCAGCGGGCCUUUCAGAUCACCAACGAGAUUGGUGUCUGCAAAUCGCCCGGUCAUUAUUACACUCAGCUGCAGUCAUCAGGCC